AUGCGUGCUACUGUCGCUCUCCGCAACGCCGCCCGGACUCCUCUGAUCCGGUUCGUGGGCAAGCGCUCCGUGCCUCAGGCCGUCGACCACUCUCCUCGCGUUCACCCGGCCUCUCCCACCGGUGCGCUCCCGGACUCGUUCGCUACCUACCGCGUCAAGGCCCAGCAGCACGGCCCGCUCGGCCGCGCCCAGUUCAGCGGCGCCAUUGGCGGCCAGUCGGGCGCGUCCCUGGGUCCGGUCCGCCCACAGACGGGUGCGUUCUUCGAUCGCACCGAGCUGCCCGCGCGCUUCAGCCGUCUUCCCUGGAGCGAGGCGGAGAUUGAGGCCGUGGAGACCGGAGGAGCUAGCAUGUUCGCCUAA